UUGCCCCCCACCUAUCUACGCCGACACCCUACCCUUCCUGCUUGCAUCACAAGACUAGAGCCCCGGUUACUCAGCUCCCCGCGAGAGAAGACAUCAUGGCGGACGCUGCGCAGCGAGUGCUUAUGAACGAGUUCAAGGCUCUGAGUAAGGAGACCUGGACUAAUAUCGAGUUGAUGAACGACAACGUCUUUGAGUGGAGUGUCGCUCUCAUCGUUCUCAACCCCGACUCCCUCUACUACGGUGGCUAUUUCAAAGCGAAAAUGACCUUUCCCCGCAAUUACCCUCAUUCUCCGCCUGACUUCCGGUUCGCACGACCCCUCUACCACCCCAACAUCUACCCCGACGGCCGUCUCUGCAUAUCGAUCCUACACCCCCCUGGCGACGACGAAAUGUCGGGCGAGCUCGCCGCAGAGCGGUGGUCGCCCGUGCAGCGCGCCGAGACGGUUCUCCUCUCCAUCCUGUCCCUCCUCGACGACGCCGAGACUUCAUCGCCCGCCAAUGUCGACGCCGGCGUUAUGCUGCGCAACCAGCCCGAGCAAUACAAAGCAAUGGUCACGAAAGAUACCGAGGCCUCGAAGGCGGAUAUUCCGGCGGACUUCGUCAUGCCCACACACGAGACGGCCUGGAAGCGCAAGGAGGAGGAGGGCGACUUCGAGAUGAGCUGGGAAGAUAGUGAUGUUGAGAGCUUUGGCGGCAGCGAGAGCGAUUUCGACGAGGAGAUGGACUCUGACUUCGAGGGCGACGAGGACGAGGACGAGGAUGACAAAUGAGCCGUUAUGGAGCUGAGCUCUCAUCUCGUUCGUUCUUGUUUAUUCGUUUCAGGGUGUCCAAUAGCGCGGCGUUCGGUCUCAUAUUGUCUCACGGGCUCGGGAAGAAUCAGGCAUGUAUCUGUCUCGGCUACGGCGUCAUUUUGCAUUGCAUUGGGGGCGUCUAUGGGUUUGCCUCACUGGUUCCUGC